AUGACGAUCAGUAAUCACUCUUCCGCGACGUCGCUCUCCAGAUACGCCAUGGCUCGGUCACCAGGGGACGACAUCUACAAUGGCAGUGUAUCCAGGGACUUCUGCAAUUCAUUCUGGGGCCCGAAUGAAGCAGGUGUCAAUGUCUUGUGUGCUCGUAUGCGGGGUGCUGAGCGUACGACGGACGAGCUGAGAAAUUUUUGGAAAGAGAGGUCUGUUCUCGAGGAAGAGUAUGGGAAUCGCCUUAUGGAACUGUCCAAAAGGGUAAUAGGCAGGGACGAGAUUGGUGACCUCCGUAACGUCCUUGAUACAGUGAAACUUGAGACAGAGAAACAGGCAGCAGCACACAUCGACCUAGCGACCAAAAUCCGCUCUGAACUCGGGAAGCCUACUACCGAACUCUUGAACAAGCAAUCCGACCAUCGAAAGAACGUUCAGGGCCCCAUGGGGAAGAGGUUCAAGCUGAAGCUAUUGCAAGAGUCGUAUGUGGCAAAGGCUCGGGAAAAGUACCAGAAUGACUGUCAGCGCAUCGAUUCGUACGCGAAGCAGAUCGAAGUCAACUCUGGCAAGGACGUCGAACGACUGCAAGCUAAGCUGAACCGAUAUAAGCAGACCGUCCAGGCCAACGAGAAGGACUACGCAGCAUAUACAGACAAGCUCAAAGAAAUGACGGUGGCAUGGGAGUUGGAAUGGAGAAACUUUUGCGAUGAAACCCAAACGAUGGAGGAGCAGAGAAUGGAGUCCAUGAAGGACACGCUGUGGGCAUACGCUAAUCUUGUCUCGACGGUCUGCGUUUCUGACGAUAUAUCAUGCGAGGCCAUUCGGACCCAUCUCGACCAAUUCGAAGCCGACCGGGACAUUGAGAACUUUGUCAACGACUAUGGGACGGGGAACAGGAUGCAUGCCCCGCCCACAUUCGCACCUUUCUCGUCCUCGGAAUCAUCGCCUGUUGCUGGACCCAGUGUAUCGACAUCGACGCGUCUUGCGAAGUUUAAUCGCAGAAAGAGAAGUGCGUCAGCAGUGCCGACGCGGAAACUGUCAAUGAGGCAGCCUUCGAACGAGCCGUUACUCCCUCCUCAGGUGAAUCCGUCGCCUCAGAAGCAGGGUAAUCCUCCACCAGCAGCUAUGACGAAGCAGCCUCGAGCAUCGUUACCGCUCCCUGAACAGACUUCCAAUGGGAAGCCAGUUCCGGGGUCGACUCCCCCAUCACCUCCACCGAACGAAGGAGUUGGGAUAUUGUUUUAUGUCAAGGCACUUUACGACUAUACGGCUACGAUUGAUGAAGAAUUCGACUUUCAAGCGGGUGAUGUCAUAGCUGUGACGGCUACGCCGGACGAUGGAUGGUGGAGCGGAGAGCUUCUGGAUGAGGCGAGGAGGGAAGAGGGCAGACAUAUCUUUCCAAGCAAUUUUGUUUGCUUGUUUUGA